AUGACGACUCAAGUAGUCUCCCCCACGAAGAAUGCUACUAGCACAGUUGCUCCCGUCGUAGAAUUUGACCUAAAGGAAGAGAAGUCUUUAGUAUGGCGCUUGGAUAUCUUUUUCUUGACGAUUGGCUUUCUGGGAUACGCAUUCAAGUAUUUGGAUCAAACCAACAUUAGCAAUGCCUAUGUCUCUGGAAUGGAAACUGAUCUCAAACUCUAUGGAAACGAGUUGAACUACUUUACCACUUUCUUCAAGUUUAUGGCCUACGUUUUCUUAUCGGGUUUUUCGAAGGCGCAACUUGGCCCGGAUAUUUUACCAUCAUCAGGUCAAUACUUCAAUUCAUCUCAAAAGUCAUGCAUGCUGACUCUGCAAUCUAGCCAAUGGUACUUGCCUCAUGAAAUGGCUCUCCGAAUGAGCCUUUACAACAUUGCGCAACCCGUCGGGGCGAUGUUGUCUGGUGCGAUGCAAGGUGCACUAUCAACUAAUCUGGAAGGUGCGCUUGGUCGAACCGGCUGGCGAUGGGCGUUCAUUAUCAACGGUGUUUGCACUAUUUUUAUCGCCUUGUUGGCGUUCAUUUUCCUGCCAGGCUUUCCGGAUCGCCCGAAUCCACUUGCCAGAUUUUAUCUUCGGCCUCAGGAUAUUGUUGUCGCCGAAGAGCGAACUCGCAGAAUCAGUCGUGAUCCGCAGCUGGGAAUUAACCUCAAAACAUUUCUGCGCUGCUUCAAGUUCUGGCAUGUCUGGUUGUUUUCUAUUGCCUGGUCUAUAGGGACUAACACCACGCCUUCGAACUAUUUCAACCUUUGGCUCAAGUCCCUCAAAAAUGCCGAUGGGAGCUUGAAAUACUCGGUUGGUAUGCUCAACUAUCUACCAAUUGCCGGCCAGGCACUCCAACUAGUUGCGGAGCUGCUGUUCAGUGGCUUCAGUGACUAUCUCGGUACUCGAUUGCCAUUUUUGCUUCUUCAUUCGGUAAUCAAUAUCACGUCGCUGAUCAUUUUGAUCAUACGACCUGAAAGUGAGAGUGCCUACAUGGCUGGCUGGUACAUGAACUAUGUUGGAGCGUGA